UAAUUUUGUUGAUUGUUGUGCAGUCGUUCAAACAUAUUUCAAUCAAUAUACUAUCAAAUUCCCCUGGUAUACAGUUGAAACACUACGCUAUCUUCUCGUCCGAUUUAGGCAAUUCCUUUAGCAAGACAACAACAUGUUCUCGGGCUUGUGAUUGGUCGUCUCACGGAUAUGUCAAGCAAUGUCCGCAAGAAUGCCAUUAUAUACCUGAAAGAAUAUCUCAUGUCUAAUGCUUUUGGAUCACAGGUAUACGCAGCUCUUCUCCCAGGCUGCUCGGAUUUUUGUCCUCGCUCGAUCCAUGCUUUUCUGUUCCUUGUCAUAUCCACCGUCAGUUCCUUAAAUGAGUAGAUCUUCCUUACACAGCCCAUCCAGUCUUUCUUCGGUCUCCUUUGUCCACUGUUUCCAUUUUUAUCUCCAUAAUGUGUCAGAUGACUGGCUUUUCCCGAUCUCUUCUUACUACACGCCCAUACCAUGUCAACCUUUGUGCUUCCCUCAUCUUCUCUGCAAUGUCAACCACUCCACAAGAGUGGAGGUUCAAUCUGAGCUUCCCUCGAGUGUCAAUGCUGUUUUUGAAUAGCUGAAGGGUUAAUGUCGCAACUUACUCUAUGACUACUCACCCUCCAACCUUUCAAAAACAUCAUUGACACUCAAGGGAAGCUCAGAUUGGACAUCCACUCUUUGAGUAUGAGUGUGCUUUCAGAAUACAGGCUUAAAACUAGUGUAUCUGUCUUUAUUAAUACAUUACAGAAUAAUUGAACUCAUAAAUGUAUGAUGAUCAGGACAUUACUGAAUUACUGAUCAUACCUCGCGGGGUACAGGUUCUGUAAUUAUAGAAAGACGUUUUUUGAAUUCCAGUUUCCUCUUGCGGAAGUGAAAAAGAAAUUGCAAGAAGAGAAGGAAAAGUUAAGAAAGAUGGAUCCUCACGCAGUUGACGAGGAUGAUCAAGGUAUUUAACAACGUUUGGGUAAGAUUGGGCAGGAUAUUCAGAAUUAUCUGCCGAAGGCCGAGGCGAUGAAUAACGUAUGGAUAUCCUGCGUAAGCCAAUGUUUUAUUAUUCGUUUUGUGACGGUAACAAAUAAACGCUAUCCGUUGUGAAAAAUUCAACCAAACAAUCUCCUACGUAUUUCUAAAUUCACGCAAAAUACCAAUGGAAUUUCUCGGGCUCCAUCCGAAAACCUCCAUAGAUAUCUGUUUCCGCUAUGAAUAUAGCGCGGACACCUGCAAAUAUCUACAAUUCAGUCAAUCCUGAACUAUGAGCUUUUAGCCUGCUUCAAGCCAGAUUUGGCCCUUCAACAAUUUAUGAUUUUCUGUUAUGUUGCGUAUAGCCGAAGAGGCCGUUAACUCCGCGGAGGCCGUUAAUCCCGCAGAUCUCAAACGUUGGAUGGAACUGGAGAGUGAUAUCAAGAGGGUAAUUGAGGAUCACUGGGAAGUCGAGGACAUUGUCGAUGAAGAUGGGGAACAUGUUGAGUUUCAAGGAGAUGUCAACGAAGCUCGAGAAUAG